AUGUAUCCAAAUCUACUCUUGUUUCUGAUCACAAUAUCCUCCCUUCUCCCUGCCAUCACCGGCCAAACCUUCCCCAAGAUAGACCUAGGCUAUGCUAUCCACAACCCAACAUUCAUCAACACUACCGAAUCUGGUGCCAAAAUCGGCCUAUACAACAACAUCCGCUUUGCGCAGCCACCCACCGGCAACCUCCGCUUCCGUAAACCAGUCACUCCCCCGUCCCACGAAGAUGGCAUCCAGGAUGGUCGAGAUCGACUCACAAUCAGUGACUGCGUUAGUACUGUGCAUCCACAGGCUCCAUACCCGGGGAUAAAUGGGACCUCCUGGGGGCAGGAGGAUUGUCUUUUCCUGAAUGUGUGGGUGCCGGAGGGUGUGCGCGAGGGGGACAAUGUGCCGGUUAUGCACUGGCUGCACGGGAGUGCGUUUGCAUUUGGAAGUAAAGACAUGUUUGGGGAUGGGUUUGGUCUCAUGGAGUCGACCAAGGGAGGGGACGAUCGGUUUAUCUUUGUGGCGAGUAAUUACCGGAUGGGGUUGUAUGGGUGGGUAUCCUCUGCGCACGAAGAUAUGGAUGCCAAUGUGGGGCUCCAUGAUGGUAUUGCGGCGCUGGAGUGGACAAAGAAGUACAUCUCUCGAUUUGGUGGUGAUCCUGCCAAUAUCACUGUCGGGGGGCAGAGCGCGGGUGCGGCUAUGAUUGCCAUGAUGCUUGUAGGGAAUGGUGGAAAUGGUACUCUUCCUUUCCAGAAAGCAUUUCUGUCAUCCCCUGCUCUCAUGCCGAGAAGGAACGUAACAGAGCGUCGCCAAGAGGUCUAUGAUCAAGUACUACAAACUGGGAACUGCUCAUCUCUCGCCUGUCUUAGAAAUGCAUCGCCAUCGACCCUAGCUGCCAUGAAUAAAAAAGCCCUAGAACUCCCUGGCGGCUCGGGAGGAGGCGCCCUGGGUCCUGGAAUUGGUAUCGGUCCGUUCCCAGACGGGAAAUACCUACUCGAUGCAGUCCCUGUUAUGCUCCAACAAGGCCGAUAUCACAAGAAUAUCAAAGCAGUAAUGUCUGGGAACAUGGCAGCAGAGGGAUUUGGGAUGACUACAGAUGUCAGCACGUACGAAGACUUUGCCACGUUGGUCCGACGCCUGGUCCCAGGAGCUACUAAUGCCACCGUUCGGCAUAUCCGGGACAUGUAUCCCUUCCCAGACUCUCAGAUUCAACUGGCUGCAAACUCUUGGACGACUGAUGCAGUGUUUGCCUGCAAUGCGAGAGCUGUUGCAAAGGCUUAUGGAAAUAGAACCCAACGGUAUCUAUUUUCGGUGCCGCCAGCUAUACAUGGAUUGGAUUCGUUCUACUAUUUCUACAGAUCCGGUGCUGAAUUGCCUGUUCCUGUAAAUGUUUCUCUCGCCAGACAAUUUCAGUCAGAGGUCGUAAAGUUUACUACAGGAAAGUCAAACCAGGAUAAAAGGACAUCUAACUGGCCUUUGUAUGCCCCAGGGGCAAAGAUGAUCAAUGUCACACUCGAGGGAAUUGAACAGAGCGUUGACCCUUCGGCUAACUGUGAGAUUAUCUUGAAGACUAUCAUGGACAAGAGAAAUGGGGCAUGA